CCACUCGUGUUUGACCUAUUCUCGAUCGACGUCGCGACCUCGAGCCUCGACCAAUAAGUCAUCGCGGGCGUGUAUUACGUGACAUAACCUGUAACGCUCGACGAGAGGCCACUAUGCGGUCCUCCACAGCGAAUGCUCUCGCUCAGGUAGAAAAGCAAGCAAGCGGGGCGAGAAUGCACCUGGCCGGUGUGUCUUGGCGGUAUACAAGAGAGUGACCUGCCAACCUGCCAGUACAGCGAACGGCCUGGCUGCGUUCACCUGCGCAAGGUUGCCUUUAAACUUCAGACGUGGUGUUUUUGUGCACGAAAGCGUUCGUAUCGAGUGAAACGAUUUCGCGUGUAUACCGCGAACGUGUCGUUUUCCCGUGCCCUCCCGUCGUUCGAUUUAUUAAAACGUUGUUCUCUCUUAUAUUCGGCGUACGCAAGCAUAUAUUCCGCGCGUAUUACCGCGUGGCUAGCUACGUUAUAUUUUCAGAAUCGUGCGUGACCUGUGAGAGCGCCACCGCCGACACACGCAAAUGCGGUGAUACAGGUCGACCCAACAGGUAGUGUAUUAAAGAAAUGGACAGAGAGCAUAGGAAACAACACGAUCACGAUAAUUUAAAUGAAAACGAGGAAGAACGAAAAAUAGGAAUGGAUUUUCGUAAUUUAUCUCGUCAUCAUGGUGUGGACCACGUAACCGAUGUUGAAACAGAGCGUGAUAUGGAAAUCGAUCAAAAUGAUCGCAGUGAAAAUUUACAAGAUGAUAAACUGGAUCAAAAUGUAGGAAGGAAUUUUCAUAAUUUAACGCAUCAUCCUGCCAUGAGAGAUAUGGAUAGAGAUCAGAAUAAUCAUGUGGAUAAUAUACACGAUGACAAAGUUGAUCACAAAAUGGGACGAGAUUUUCGUAAUUUGGCACCUCAUGCAGCCAUGGUUCACUUGCAUUCUGGGAUUGAGCAUUUGAAUAAUGUUGAUGUAGAGGUAAAAUUAGCGAGAGACGUCCGUGGUUCUUUAGGUUUGGGACUAUCGUUAGAAUUAUGCGUGGUUUGUGGGGAUAGGGCUAGUGGAAGACAUUAUGGAGCAAUAAGUUGUGAAGGUUGUAAAGGAUUUUUCAAACGCAGUAUUCGGAAACAGUUGGGUUAUCAAUGUAGAGGAAGUAAAAGUUGUGAGGUUACCAAACACCAUAGAAAUCGGUGUCAGUAUUGUAGGCUUCAGAAAUGUCUUGCAAUGGGAAUGAGAAGUGAUUCUGUUCAACAUGAGAGGAAACCAGUAUUAGGUGAAUCAGCGGGAACAAAAGUAGGAAAUAGAAGUCCUAGGGUUAAACCAGAACCGCAGCAAUCAGUGUCGGAAACGCCUUCAACUUGGGAACAACCUGAAAGUCCUAGUAUGGAAGACCAAAGCAGUGAUAGCGACCUCAGUGAUGCAUUAACAUUAGCAAGAGAACGUUUACUUAUUUCACAUGCAUUGGAUAGCAUGGCUAAACUUAUUGGAGAUAGUGUCAACGGUUCAAGUGAACCAGAAGAAGAAUGGACUGGCCAAUUAAUUUCUGAAAGACAUACGUUAUUCGAAUUAAGAGCUCCUAGUCCAGCUCCUGCGUACUUAUCAAUUCAUUAUAUUUGCGAAAGUGCCGCUAGGUUACUCUUUUUGUCAGUUCAUUGGGCCCGAGGAAUUCCAGCAUUUCAAGCGUUACCAUCUGAAAUUCAAACAACAUUAGUGCGUAGUUCCUGGGGACAACUCUUUACUUUAGGCCUUGCACAGUGUGCAUACACUUUAUCCCUUCCAAGUAUUUUAACAUCAAUUAUAAAUCAUUUACAAGCUAGCAUUGCACAGGAAAAAAUUACAGCUAAUAAAGUAAAGUCUGUCACAGAGCAUAUAUGUAGACUACAAGAUUGUGUUAGUUCACUUCAUAAAUUACAAGUGGAUUCCGUUGAAUACGCGUAUCUUAAAGCAUUGACACUUUUUAGUCCUGACAAUGUCUUAGCCGAUAUGUGGCGUAAAAAAGUUGAAGUUUUACAAGAAGCUGCGUGGUCAGAAUUACAAACGCGUACAGAAUCCAACAGGUUACCUCGCCUUCUUUUAAGGCUUGCACCACUUCGUUCAAUUAACCCUAGGGUUCUGGAAGAUUUGUUCUUUGCAGGUCUUAUUGGUAGAGUAAGCGUAGCUAGUGUCGUGCCUUAUAUUCUUACUAUGCAAGAUUACAAAGCUGAACCUGAAAGUCAUAUGGGGUGACAAUUACUAAUUGUGCAAUGUAAGUCGUGACCUAAAACAGUGAUAUCUAUAAAUAUAUAUUAUGUAUACAUACAUACAUAAACGUUAGCAUUGAAUGCCUUAAAUAUUUUUAUACAUUGAGAAAGGAAAAGAGAAAAAUGUAACGAGGCAAUGUCGAAUUUUAUUUUUCAUAAAAGAAUUAUAAUCUCUCUUUCUAUCUCUAUUUCUCACAUGCCUCUUUUUUAAAGCUGUUAAAACUCAGGGUAGCUGUAUUUUAACUUGUUAAUCAGAUGUAAUAUCUAGUUUACAAUAUUUUGAUGUUUAACUUUCUUUAUUUAUUAUAAAUAAAAAAUGACAAAAUGCCUGAUAUACAAAACUUUUUGUCUUGCAUAAAACGUUAAUGAUAGUAUAUUUUUUUACUAAAAGUAAUAUUACUAUCAUUGCUAUCAGUAUAAAUUUAUCCUUUCACAAAAAUUACAAACAACAUUGCAAUAUCUCAUUUCAAUGAUCAUUUGAUCAAAAUUCAUAUAAGAUGGAAAGCUUUAAUUUUGAAUUUUUAAAUAAAAAUAUAUACUUGGAAAGUUUUGUAUUGGCAUUUAAUAUAAAAAAAAUAUGCGGGGCAAUAUUAUCAUAAUUAUAAUUUAUUAAUAGUGCAGAAAGAUAGCUCUAGAUCGAAUUAGUAAUCGUAUAUUUCAUCAAUAUAUACAAAUUCUUAAUUAAAUUAUUACAAUUAUUUUUAUAUAAAAGUACUGGAAAAUUAGAAAAUAUAAGAAAACAAUUAAAAUUUUUUUUUGGUUGCAUACAUACUAAAAUUUUAAAAGAAAUCAAAACAUUAACUACAUUAUUUCUUUAUAACCGCUGCAUUUUUCCGUCCGACAAAAAUCACUAAUUUUUAGUUUUGAUAGUAAAAGGAAUAGUUCAGUAUAAGUAUUAGUACAAACGAAUUACAUAUUUCAUUGUAAUUUUCUAUUUUAUUAAAAAAGAGUCGGCAUAUGCACACAUUUUACUUAUUUUUUUAGAGAUUGAUCAUAAUAAAUACAGUAUAUUUCUGGACUGUGUUUUAUUGUAGAUUAAGUAAAAAAAAA